CUAUGAGCAAUAGUACAUCGGCCCAACAGCUGCGUCCAUUAACACUGGCUGGACCAGAACGUGAACCUGUACAAUUUACCGUUAAUCUUGUGGGAGCACCAGCUGAAGUUGAACAAUUGGUACAGCAAAUAAAAACGGUUGCCGAACAAUUUUUGUAUCACUGGAAAACAUUUCCAAUUGUUCUUCCCCAACCAUUAUCGGCCGCUGCCUUAACUUUAGGCGGCUCGGGUGGCAAUAAUGGCUCAAACACUGUGGGUAAUCGCAAAACCCGUCCCAUCAAUUUACGUGAUCUAUUUAUAGCACCGCCGUUCGAUGAAUUGGAUGCCGUAGCCACAGAUGGUACGGGUGAACCACGUCGCCUCACCAAUUCCCAAUUGAAAUCAUUGCGUGAAAAUGGCUUACAAAAGGACAAAUAUGGAAAACCCAAGAAAUUAACUUUGGAACAAUUGGAAACCAUACGUAAAAAUGGAGAAUUUAAUGUGCCUAGUCUACACUUUCCGGGUCAGGUUCACAAGUGGCGUUUGUCACAACUGCUGCAAAAGGGAACAUUGCGGGCCCAUGAUUCCUUUCUAAGCGAUUUAGCUUUGGCAGCAAGAUUUUUGGUAAUCACCGCUCGUGGACGAAUAUUUUCACAUUUCUUCUCCGUUUAUCACGCAAUCCACGCUCUGCUGCGUGGUCUCAUCAAAUUGGUUGAUAUGUUCAUUGGAGUGCCGGCGUUGUUGGCCCAUAAUUUGGACUAUAAAAUCAAGGAGGAGAGGUGUCGAUUUUUAAUUGCCGAACUUGUGUGUAGGCCCGAAUUCGAAGAUUGCUUGGACGGUCUGUGUUCGUAUGUCCGCAAAAUGUUACGCCGCGCCACCAUGGAGAAAUUCGAUUUCAAUAGCUGUGAAAGUUCACAGCCAGUGCCAUAUCUAUUCCUCACGCCGAAAGGACAAGAAAUUGAUUUACGUCUCUUUUGUCGCGAUAUCAUGCGCAAGGCAUUGCCCAUUUUAAUUGGCAUUCUGGAACGUGAAACCCGUGGUUGGUUUCUACAUUUCCGUGAACGUUUGAUAGGCGAAUUAAGAGAUAAAAAAUUGACCGACAAGGAAAUCGAAGAGGAAGUCAACGAGGCUGUUAUGAAAGAAUAUCUCCAAAGGGUCUACACUUCGAUAAUGAAUAAUCCCAAAUUGGCAGAGUUGGGUCAUGGCAUACCCGAACUAUUGGUACAACAGGCCCAGGCAGUGGUCAUCAUGUAUAAGGCCGUGGAGAAGGUACAAAAUGACAUCAAACGCUCACGUGAAGAUCACGAAAAAUGUUUGGCCAAUGAUCAUGCCGUACUCUCAAGAGUUGCACCAUGGUUAAGGGCCAAACUGCGUCACGCUGAGCAAUCAAAACUUUCGAAAUCUGCCUGGUCGGCACAUGAGGAGGCACUGAAAAUGUGUACCAAACAAAAUCUCCAUCAAACCGCCUAUUUCCUAAGUCGUGAUUUGGCCUUUAUGAAGGAACGCGAACCGGUUCUCCUUAAGGAGUUGAAAAAUGCCAAAACUCCAACGCGUAGCUUUCAAUGGGCCUGCCGCAUAUGGUCACCAAAGUCAUGGAUAAUCAAGAGGAAUUUUCAAGGACAAUCAGAUAUAAUACCGACGGUAAUAAGUCAACAGGCCACAUCGAUUGUAACACCCCGUUCAGAUCCCUCGCAACCGGUAUUUUUAGUGGAAAAGGAAAUCAUACGGACAACCAGUACUCGAUGGCCAUUUUGGCGUCUAUUGAAUCUAAUGCAACGAACUUGGUGUUGGACAUGGAAUAUGAUGUUUUUGCUGGGCAUCCUGGUGCCCUGGUGUAGCCCCCUGAGUCUGAGAGCCCUAUUCUGUGUUAAGCCUUUCAUGCCUGAUUUAGAACUAUCGCAAAUAAAUGGAACUCUAUUUCCGCGCAAGACAAGCAUAACACAGACUAUGGCUUCAAGGUUAAUCGAAUUAUGGCGUCACAUAUCAAAGUCGAGAACACAUUUCGAAACGGAACCGGAUACGGGCUUUAUUGGCAAAGGGUUUACACGCAACCUAAAUCGUGUUUGGAAUUAUUUCGUGAAAGGAUUUCUCGGGACGGUGGUUAUAUUGUUCGCCUUUCCACUUCUCUGUUUGGCCACGAGUUUCUUAAGUAUUCUACUUGCCUUAACUGCCCCAUUAUGGAUACCCGUUUUCACUAUACUGCUGCACAUCUAUAUGAUAUUAAUUUAUGAUCUCGAUUCACCGGAUAAUACUCGUAAUCGUUAUUGCAUACUGCUGGAGGCACUGAUAUGGAAUAUCCUAAUACAGGGUUGUAUACAACCGAUUGUGGCGGUGUUUGUGGCCAGUGUUGUGUGUCCCCUGGUAUCGGGUAUAAUACUAAUAGUCGGUGUUAUACGCUAUUCGCUGCGCCUGUUCUGGGAUUCCCUUACUUUCCAUUUGUUCAUUAAGAAAUGUGGCCGUAUUCCAGCUUCGGAUAGUUUAGUAGUGAAACGUAUUGCUGGUCCCGGCUUGGCAUUAGAUUACUACUUUGUUAUCCGCCCCGAACAGGCAUUGGCAGCCUUUGAAGCAAAAAUGGAAUUGGAUGAGUUGCAAGCAUAUCAACAUGCCAUGGAGAGGAUUAUUUUGACGCCACAAAAAGAUUUCUCACAAUUUGUUGAAGCAUGUUUUGGCCCAUUCUCGGCGCAACUUUCAAAAACUGGACCCUAUUUGGCAUUGGAUCGUGAGGCUCAGGAUUUGACCGCAACGCUACAUGAAAAGUUGGUGAAACGUCGCCGUGAACUACAGACAAAUUUAACGUCUCAGGUGAAAUCGCGUAUUAAAUUAACCACAAAGGAAUUAAAGAUUGCCAUACAACUUGCCGCCCAUAUCUUGGAGAAAUACUAUCCGUCUCAUAUUAUAGCUAGAUUAUCCAUUAGUGAAGAGGAGUUUUGGGAUAAUAAGGGCCUAACCGUUAACGAUUGGCCCGGUUUAGCCGGUCUCAUUUAUACGGAAAUAUUUAGUUUAGAUUUUCUAACGCCACUCUUAGAAAACGAUACACAUUUCAAAUUGGAACCACAUCCGACAUUGGAUCUAUCACGUUACACCGAAAUGGUACAGAAUGCUACCGAUGUUAUUGGUUCCAAGGGUUUAGAUUUGCUGGGUAAUGUCUAUGCUCCUCGUGGUAAUGUUCAGGUACAUUUACCAUUUCUGGAGGUGACGGCAUUUAAUCCCAGAUCAAGAAUAACCUUGAAUUUCCGGAAGCCUGAUAAGAGGGACAUGUCUGUUGGUUUGACCACACCUCGCGUACGUGCCCAUCGUGCAGCUCAACAAACAAAAACACCAGAAACCAAAAAGCCAUGGCGCCCAUGGAAAAAGAAAACGGAUGAGAAGAGCGUUACCGAAAAACUUCUAAUACCUCUGCCAGUGCCGCAUCCUGUACAUAUAGCGAUUAAUAUUUACAAUCGUGAUGCUGAACAUCCCAUACCAUUGGAUUCGGAAUUGGUGUGGGAGAUUUUAAAAUCAAUAGAAGAUUGUCAGGGUGGUGACGCAAUGGCUGUAGCUCAAUCUGUGGCUCAUUAUCGUGGAGCCGUAACAGAAUCCAGUAAUGAUUCGCUGGCAUCCAGCAGUAGUAUAGGAAGUACAAGAGAAUCAGCUUCAGCCACCGGUUCCGGUUCGGGUAUUGGUAAUGGCACCGAAACAUUGCCAUGUGUAAAUCGAGAGGUUUGCACCCAAGUCAAAGUUGCCGAAGAACAACCGCCCAGCUCUGGUUUUCAUUGGACCCUAAGUAAUUGGGGUGCAGCACAAACUGCCCGUAGACGUACAAAUUCAAAUGUACGCGUAGAUUUAGCCAGUCCAGAGGAUAUCUCCUUAGACACGGACAGUUCAAGAGCUGUCUUUAAUCCAUACGGUACAACAGUUUAG